AUGGGUUUUGAAAAGCGUCGAUGGUAUACAGACGUGCCAGUUACUUUGAAGGAUAAAGAAGAUAAGACGGUCACAGUUAUUGGAAGUUUUGUUCGUAUUGAUAAUGAUGAAACAGAACCAAUGCUAUUUUUUGGUAUGACAAACAUUCGAAAGGUUCAAGGCAUUCCCGAUCCAAAUAAAAACCAGUUUCGCAUAAAGUUACAUGGAAAGGCAUAUAUUAUCCCAACCUUUAGUAAGGCUCCAGUAGUCAAAGAUCCGCCAAAAAAAGAUCAGGACCAAACAUCUACCAACUCCUCUAGCCCAAAUAGUGAAGAGGACUUAAAAAAAAAUGCGUAAAGCUUGAAGAGCAACUAUUAAAAACUGAGAGAUGGCUUGACAUGGCAUUAAAUGCAGGUAAUAUUCUUGCAGAAAAAUGCUUACGACUUAUAGAGAAUAGAUCA